CUGAGUUUCCCUUCACUCACUCACGGACCUUAAUUUUUUUAUUUCUAUUUUUAUUUUUUUAAAGAACCAUCCAAACAGCACUCCCCACUGUCCUCCAUUCUUCUGCUUUUUUUUUUUCUUUCUUUUUGUAAAAUAAGAUCGAUCAAGGUUGAGCAGCUCUGGAGCGGAGACCCGGAGAUGAAGGCAGCGCUCACGUCGUUCUGUCGGACGUGGAUUGGAAUAGCGUGCGCGUCAGGUCUGGUGGUCGGCUUUUCUAUGACUCCGCCCGUCAUAGACAACACCGAAGACCAGCUAGUGAUUCCUGUUCACUCAACACUCACUGUUACAUGCAGGGGUCAGCGCACCCUGGCCUGGGCCUGGCCUGACCAGUCCCUGGUGGGACGGGAGCUGACGGACCGGCAGACCCGGCUGGCCGCCACCCGGGCCCCCGGCCAGCAGGCGGCCGUGAUCAGCGAGUGCGCGGGGCAGCCGGAGAGGCCGUACUGCAAGAGGCUGGUCCUGCACGGAGCGCGGGGCAAAGACACGGGCGUCUACCGCUGCUACUACAAGGACGUCAAGGCCGUCAUCGACGGCACCACCGCCGUCAGUGUUUAUGCCUUUGUCAAGGACCCCGAGCAGCCCUUCCUCAGGAAGCCUGGCAACGGAAACAACCUGGAGACUAUUUUCAUCACCCGCUCCUCCACGCACAUCAUCGUGCCAUGUCUGGUGACGGUGCCCGAUCUGAACGUCACCCUCUACGCGUAUCCCACGCCUCUGGAGGAGAGCGGGUUGACGUGGGACAACAAGCGUGGCUGGUUGAUCCCCAGACGGAUUAUUGAGAGCGCGCCGAUGCUGAUUGGAAUAACGUGUUUGGCUACACUGGGAGGCAAACCGUAUCAAUCCAUCAACUACCUGAUUCACACUACUGGAAGUCAGGUUUACGAUGUCAAGCUGUUUCCUGAGGACCCGGUGGAGCUGCUCGUGGGGGAGCCCCUCACCCUGAACUGCACCGCACUGGUGGAGUUUAAUGCCGGGGUCGACAUUCAGUGGACGUACCCCGGCAAGCAGACAAACAGCUGGGUGGAGAUGAAGCCCCUCCGCGAGGCUCGGUCCCACGCCACCGAGGCCGUCAGCAUCCUGACCAUCCACAGCGUCAACGUCACGGACUCUGGACCGUACAUCUGCAAUGUCACCAGCACGGACACAACGCUCACCCAGCAGACUCAGGUCAUGGUUCACGAGAGGCCUUUUAUCAGCCUGGAUUACAGGAGCGGACCUGAGCUGGAGGUAACUGCUGGUCAGGAGUCGUUUAAGUUGCAAGUGAAUGUCUCGGCCUUCCCCGCGCCUGAAACACAAUGGUUUAAAGACGGAAAGUUGAUAAACCAACGGCCGGAGUUCAAGAUGAAGAGGAUGAGAAUGCACCUCAAUCACGCCCUGGAGAUCCGGGCCGUGUGUCCGGAGGACGCCGGCUUGUACACGGUGGUGCUGAAAAACCGCGCUGCCCUGCUGGAAAAGAGGCUCGACAUGAAGCUGCUGGUCAACGUCCCCCCACAGAUUCACGAGAAGGAGGUGGCCGAUCCCUCCACCCCUUACCCCAGCGGCGGCGGCCAGACGCUCACGUGCACCGCCGACGGCCUCCCCGCACCCAACGUCAGCUGGCAGUGGAGGCCCUGGGGCCCCUGUGUCCUCAACGGCACCCAAAGCCGAGCGGCCCGGAGAGACAGGAAGGGCCGGAGCGACAAGAUAGCGGACUGUCAGAACUGGCAGAGCAUUAACUCGGAAAAUGCCAUGAAUGAAAUCGAAGCCGUUGAAACGUCGGCCGAAGAGGUGGACGGCCGCGAAAAGAUAGUGAGCAGGCUUCAGAUUCGCAACGCCAGCGUUUCCGUCGUGUACAAGUGCUCCGCUGAAAACAAAGUGGGCAAAGAUGAGAGGCUGAUCCACUUCCAUGUAACCACCAUCCCAGAAGGCUUCAGCGUGGACGUUCACCCCUCCGAAAACCCCCUGGAGCACGAGAAGCUGUCUCUGAGCUGCAGCGCCGACAAUUACACCUAUCAGCAGCUGCAGUGGUUCCGCCUCGACCCCCGGGCCCUGCUGGACGAGCGGGGCAGGCCUCGGGAGCCGGACUGCGGGAGCCUGCACCUCCACGCCGACCCGCUCCCCGGCCGGCUCUCCUUCCAGGAGCCCUCCAACAGCUGGGUCGCGGACUUUGCCAUUCACUCCAUACAGCUGCAAGAUGAGGGUCAUUAUGUGUGUGAGGCUCAGAGCAGGCGCAGCGGGGAGAAGCAGUGCCUGUACAGGAACAUCUCUGUCAAAGCCCUGGAGGCACCUUGGUAUAAGCACAGCCUCACCAACCAGACAGUGAAUGUGACCGAGUCUCUGCGGAUGGAGUGCGAUGCGGAGGGGAGACCCGUGCCCCGCCUCUCCUGGUUCAAAGACAACCAGCCUCUCCACCAAAUGUCAGGGAUCCAGCUGCAGGACUCGAACCGCACGCUCAGUAUCCAGCGGGUGACCGAGGAGGACGCCGGCCUCUACACCUGCACCGCCUGCAACCAGCGGGGGUGCGUCCACUCCUCGGCAGCCGUCAGGGUCAUCGGCUCCAGCGAUAAGGCCAGCGUGGAGAUCGUGAUCCUCAUCGGCACGGCAGUGAUCGCUGUUUUCUUCUGGGCCUUGCUCAUCCUCAUCUUCUGCAAUGUGAAGCGGGUUAACCCGGUAGACAUAAAGACGGGCUACCUGUCAAUCAUCAUGGACCCGGGGGAGGUGCCGCUGGACCAGCAGUGCGACUACCUGCCCUACGACUCGUCCCAGUGGGAAGUCUCCAGGGAGCGCCUGCGACUGGGGAAGGUUUUAGGACACGGAGCCUUUGGGAAAGUCAUCGAAGCGUCAAUCUAUGGCGUCACCAAGAGCAAAAAUUUGGACACCGUGGCUGUGAAAAUGCUCAAAGACGGGGCUACAGCCAGCGAGCACAAAGCCUUGAUGUCAGAGCUGAAAAUCCUGAUUCACAUCGGAAACCACCUGAACGUGGUGAACCUGAUCGGAGCCUGCACCAAGCCGAAUGGUCCGCUGAUGGUGAUUGUGGAAUACUGCAAGUACGGAAAUCUGUCCAACUUCCUGCGAGCCAAGCGAGAGUUCUUCCUCCCAUACAGGGAUCGCUCUCCGAAAACCCAGAGCCAGGUGAGGCGGAUGAUCGAAGCGGGUCAGAUGGAGCCGAGGGCCGGUCGGCCGCCCGCCCCGUCCUCCUCCUCCCCGCUGACCGGUCCUCAGAGUCCGCCGCCCGACGCGCCUAACAAGAGUCCCGCUGUGGAGAAAAUGGAUGACUUAUGGAAAACUCCUCUGACUAUAGAAGAUCUGAUAUGCUACAGUUUCCAAGUUGCUCGUGGGAUGGAGUUCCUGGCCUCCAGAAAGUGUAUCCACAGAGACCUGGCAGCCCGGAACAUUCUCCUGUCAGAGAGCAACAUUGUGAAGAUCUGUGACUUCGGCCUGGCCAGAGACAUAUACAAAGAUCCCGACUACGUCAGGAAAGGCAACGCUCGCCUGCCUUUGAAGUGGAUGGCUCCGGAGAGCAUCUUUGACAAAGUGUACACCAGUCAGAGUGAUGUGUGGUCGUUCGGAGUCCUCCUCUGGGAAAUCUUUUCUCUCGGGGCAUCUCCUUACCCAGGGGUGCAGAUCGAUGAAGACUUUUGUAAGCGGCUGAAAGAUGGCGUCAGGAUGAGGGCGCCGGACACUGCCUCCCCGGAAAUAUAUGGCAUCAUGCUGGCCUGCUGGCAGGGCGAGCCCACCGAGAGGCCCACCUUCCCUGCCCUGGUCCAGAUCCUGGGGGAUCUGCUGCAGGACAACGGUCUGCCUGAGGGAAAGGAAGACGCGGCUCUGAACCAGUCCUCAGAGGACGAUGGUUUCUCCCAGGGCUCCUCUCGCCCUGCGUCUGAGGAGGACUUCAGACUGGCAUGCAACACGCUGCCCACAAGGUAUUAUAACUGCGUUCCUUUUGCUGGCUGUGCGUUUGUGGGGCCGUCGAAGACGUGUCAGCCCAGAGUGAAGACAUUUGAAGAGUUUCCCCUGGAGAUGCAUCAGCAGAAAGCUCCGCAGGACAGCCAGACGGACAGCGGGAUGGUUCUGGCCUCGGAGGAAUUCGAGAGACUGGAGCACAGCCACAGGGGAGCCGCCUCAAAAAGUCGAAUGGGCAGCAGCAGCAGCACAGAGCCUCUGACGGCCUCCCACAAUUCCCUGGGUCAAAUCAGUGGCACCGGCAGCUCCCGGCACCGUCCCAACUUUUUCAGCCAGCUGUCGGGUCAGACCUUCUACAACAACGAGUAUGGCCACCUGUCCGAGGACGGCUUCUGCGACUUCUACUCGUCGCCGGGCGCCCGCUGACUCCGCUCUCCGCCCAAAGACAGAAAAGGGAUUUGUAAACCCUGAUAACGCGCAGGUAUUGACAUGUAGUCAUGUAUUUGUCACAGUCAGGUAAUAGAGCUAUUCAUCUCAAAAUCCUUCUCUCCUCUCGAGCUGCUGCCUCACAAACGGACUAAACUGCACAUGCCUGAAGUGCCUCAAACCAGCCACUGAGUGGCAGCAUUAUGACAAAAA